AUGUCCACAUCGACGCUCAUUGACGAGAAGAACAAGAUCCAACAUCGCGAUCGUCUAUUGCAACUGUAUGGCGUGGACCUUGCUGCUGCUGCUUCGUCUUCUGCUUUGGUAGCACCUUUUAUCUCCGUGGUUGACAGGGCAAUCAUUGAAAAUGCCAAUGGCAAGCGUCCCCUUGGACAAGGAUUGAAGAUGGGGUUGACACGUAUCUUUACACAACCUAUGCAGUUUGCAGGCACGCCUCAAUUUCGGAUGAUCUUUGGGUUAUAUUUCAGCACGUAUGUUACUGCGAAUGUGAUGGAUACAACAAGUGAGCAUUGGGAUGUGCCACAAGGUACAGCGGCAUGGUAUAAGUUCUUGGCAACGUCAGCUAUCAACAUGUCAUUAUGCGUGCUCAAGGAUCGUGCAUUUGCUCGGAUGUUUGGUGUCACUGCAAGCCAUAGCCUGCCAUUGAUGUCUUAUCUAUUAUUUGCUGCAAGAGAUUCACUCACCAUUGCUGCCAGCUUUACGGCACCCCCUGUGGUCACUCGAUGGCUCUUUGAAGAAAAGCAGGUCUUUUCAUCUCAUAAGAACGCAGCUGUCACAGCUCAACUCUCGUGUCCUGCCGCCAUUCAAUUCAUUAGCACCCCGUUACAUCUCCUUGGUUUGGAUCUAUACAAUCGAUCUAAUGUCUCUCCUGCUCAACGUGUCUCUCUCAUUCGUGCUGAAUACCUCAAGAGUACUCUCGCCCGUGUCGCAAGAAUUGGUCCAGCUUUUGGUAUUGGAGGUGUAGGCAACACUUACUUUAGAAGCUUCCGUUCCAAAGUGAUGUAG